AUGUCCCCCAGCCCCGAGGAGAAGAGCUAUGCUGUUGGAAUAGACCUUGGAACUACCUACAGCUGCGUUGGAGUCUACAAAGAUGGAGAAGUUCAAAUUAUCGCCAACGACCAAGGCAAUCGAACAACCCUAUCGUAUGUUGCUUGGACUGAGCAGGAGAGACUGCUCGGGGAUGCAGCGAAAAAUCAGGUAGCAAGCAAUCCAACCAACACAGUCUUCGAUGCUAAGAGGCUCAUAGGGCGACGCUUUGAUGACCCCAUCGUUCAGGCGGACUUGAAGCUCUGGCCGUUCAAGGUGGUUUCGGACGGCAGCAAAGAUGAUAAACCUCUCAUUGAAGUCUUCUACCAGGGGGUGGAGAAACGGUUUCAUCCAGAGGAGAUCUCCUCUAUGAUCCUUACGAAAAUGAAACAGACCGGUGAAGCUUAUCUUGGCCAUCGAGUGCGGGAAGCUGUGAUCACGGUGCCCGCUUACUUCAACGAUGCCCAGCGGCAAGCAACAAAAGAUGCUGGAGAGAUUGCCGGUCUUCGAGUUCUGCGGAUUGUGAAUGAACCAACUGCUGCAGCCAUUGCUUAUGGCCUUGACAAGUCUGACAAGUCAGGUGUUGCAGAGAAGGAGACACACAUUUUGGUGUUUGACAUGGGAGGUGGAACUUUUGAUGUCUCGGUUCUGGCGAUUCAAGAUUCAGUCUUUGAGGUGAAAGCCACUGCAGGCGAUCCGCACCUGGGAGGUGAAGAUUUCGACAAUCGGAUCCUCAGCCAUUGCAUCGCGGACUUUCGCAGGAAGCACCAGUCAGACCCAACCCGGAACCAGCGGGCUUUGCGACGCUUGAGAACUCAGUGCGAACGAGCCAAGCGAUUGCUAUCGACACAAACUUCUGUUACCAUUGAAGUGGAUUCCUUACAUGAAGGAAAUGACUUCAGCAUUCGUUUGUCAAGGGCCAAAUUUGAAGAGCUUUGCAUUGACUAUUUCAAGAAAGCCAUGGAACCAGUUGAGCAAUGCCUGAAGGACAGCAAUUUGCCGCAGAAGGCGAUCACUGACAUUGUGAUGGUAGGAGGUUCAACUCGAAUUCCAAAGGUCCAAGAACUCAUCAAAGCCUUCUUCAAUGGAAAGGAGCUGUGCAAAUCGAUCAAUCCAGAUGAAGCUGUAGCAUAUGGAGCAGCUGUGCAAGCGGCCAUCGUUUCCGGCCAAGGAAGUGAGGAUGUGCAGAACAUGUUGCUGCUGGAUGUUGCUCCAUUGUCGCUUGGGAUCGAGACAGCUGGUGGCAUGAUGCAAGUCCUGAUUGAGCGAAACUCCACAGUGCCGACCAGCAAGAGCCAAGAUUUCACCACUUUUGAGGACUAUCAGGAUCAUGUGGACAUCUCAGUCUAUGAAGGCGAGCGUGCCAUGGUCAAGGACAACAACUUCUUGGGCAAAUUUACCUUGAAAGACAUCCCCAAGUCCCUUCGAGGAGUCCCGAAAAUUCAAGUCACCUUUACAAUCGACACCAAUGGCAUUCUGCAAGUUCGAGCUGAAGACGCCAAAUCUCAAAAGAGAAGUGAGAUUCAGAUUGCCAACGAGAAGGGCCGUUUGACUCAAAACGAUAUUCAGAAGAUGCUGCAAGAAGCCGAGAAAUACAAAGGCGAAGACGAAAUCAGCAAAGGUGAUAUGCUCGCCAAAGAGGAGCUCAAGGUGUACAUGCAAAGAUUUGAGAAGGGCAUCCAGGACUUGGAUGACACGAAGCUGCAGAGAGAAGAUCGUGAGCGGCUCGAAGGCAAGCUUGCAGAUGCCUACAAGUGGCUGGAGAACGAUGGCCUCAAGGCUGGAAAGCCCGAAUUUGACGGGAAGCAGAAAGAGCUCCAGGCAGUCAUGAACACCGUGAUGUUGAAAAUUAACCGUUCACAGACCGAAUUCUGGGAUCAGCAAGUCGUCCACCAUGAAGGUGAGAAGACCAUCGACAAGGGUGGCUUCAUCCUGCACUGUGGAGUUGACAUCCGUGAUUUGAUCGAAGAUCCUCAGUGA